AUGGACACCAGCAAUCAACGCUACGCAUCGUACGUAGUAGAUAUCAAGCUACCGCCGGCAAUCACUGUUCCUGCUGGCACCCUGACAGCUGCCUAUACACUUGUAUUGACCUUGGAUUAUGUACUGGUCAAAAAUGACGCGAAAUUCUCGGCAAUCAUCACUCCAAUGCAGCUGAGGGCAUUGAUAGCAAUCUAUCAUUUUCUCAUCCCUAUUAUAUUUGCUUCCAAGUAUAAUUUUGGAAACAUAUCAUUCAUGCUUUAUCCUUGGUCUAUGGCAGCACAGAUCAUCUUUUUAUCCACCUCGUCUGUGACACUGAAAGAGUAUCUACAAACACUAUUCAAAGUGGUAUUGUUUCUCGAUGAUAGCCCUACUGCAAAGACCCAUCAGCAAAUUAGAUUCGAUGGAGUUAAGAAGAUUGCUCGAGGCUUCGCCAAGAUGUUGUUCAUGAAAUUUGCUUUAGAUGGUGUCUUGCCUGACGAUUUAUCUGAUUUGCUAGCAAUGCCAUUUUAUAGUCCAAGAGCAAUGUUUAUUACCUAUGUAUUGGCUGUGCGAAUCUAUUGUAUGAUGAGUCUAGUGGAUAUACUCAUGGGCGUUUUGCAGGCAACACUACUGAUUCGAUUUCAUGAUCUAUUUGAUAAUCCGUUUUUAGCAACAAGCCCUAAAGACUUUUGGAAUCGAAGAUGGAAUAGAAUGGUCAAAAAUUUCUUUCGAAAGCUAAUUUUUUCAAAGGCCAACACUACAUUAGAUACCAAAGACGACGACAAAAAGAAGAAAAAGCAAGGCUUCAUGUCAUCACCCACAGCCUUUGGUCUGCUCACUUUUUUCAUUAGCGGGUUGUUCCAUGAUUUCAUGAUAGCGGCUGCUGCUCGAGAAAUCACGUUUGAAUUGACCGUUUUCUUUUUGAUUCAUGGUAUCGAGGUAGCACUGGAAGUCAAGUAUCGUAAAGGAAAGUACAAGCAAGAUCCUACAGGCAUUACAGCAAUUCUAUGCAACCUUUUGACGGUGCUGUUUUUCGUCACCACUGGUCGAAUAUUUUUAAGCCCUGUUUUGCGACAAGAAGUGUUUCUGAAUAUCGCUCAGAAGUUUUAA